AAACUGCCCAAACAUGACUUCGUUUGUCUUGGAUUUUGCCAAAUCAACUCUCUCCAAGGCAUUGGGUUCCCAGCAACCUAAUCUCCUUUUUUCUAUUGGACUGCCAACUUCUCAGCAACCGGAAGAGUCACUCUGGGUUCUUCACACUGGAAUCAAAAAGGACGACCAACAACCUGUAUCAGUAUUCAUCUUUGAUUGCAACUUGCAUCGAGAUAAACUGGAUCUUGCUCAAAACGCACUUCGUCGGGCAAAAACUAUCCGUUAUCCUGAUAUUUUACGCUAUAUAGAUGGCUGCGAAACUGAGACUCAGAUUAUUAUUGGAACUGAGUCGGUAACCCCACUCAUUCACGAUCAGUCAAAACUGCAAGAUGCAAAUCUUGUAAGUUUAGGUCUAUUCAAGCUUGCGAGCGCUUUGAAGUUUUUGACACAAGACUGUGCGCUUAUUUAUGCUAACGUGCGACUUACCUCUAUUUUUUCAACCCAAUCGGGUGAGUGGAAACUUGGCGGAUUAGACUUUCUUAGCUCGCUCAAGGACGAAAACCCACCCAUCUUUCGACAUGCCAUCAUGAUCUCGUCUCAGGAGCAUACCAUUCCACCAGAGGUAGUCAAGAGCUCCACCUCGGUUUUAGCAAGCCAACCUAUAACGUCUCUGGAUAUCUGGGGAUUCUCCUGUUUAAUUCACGAUAUUUUUAAUGGUCAGACUGGCUUGGGAUCCAUUCCAUCAUCCAUGAUGUCAUUAUGCCAAAAGAUGCGUCAUAUCAAUCCCAAACUUCGUCCUACAUUUGACCAGGUUUUAAAGUCUGCUCAGGAUAAAGGAGGCUAUUUUGAUAACGAUUUUGUCAAAACCUCACUGUUUCUAGAACAAUUUUCUUUAAAGGAUCCUCAUGAAAAAAAUGCAUACUUCAAUACUAUCAAUACAUCCGUAGUAUUAUUUCCACUAGAAUUUUGCAAGUACAAGAUUCUUCCUGAACUGAUCAACGCUCUUGAAUUUGGUGGUGCCGAUGCCAAGGCUCUUGGACCUAUUCUCAAGAUUGGCUCCAGGCUAGACGAAUCAGCUUUUGGGACACUUAUUGUUCCUAUCAUUACAAAAUUAUUUGCGUCUUCUGAUCGCUCAAUUCGUGUAACCCUUUGCGAGAGUUUAGGUUCUUACAUUGGACAUCUUAGUCAAAAGAUUGUGUCAGAAAAAAUAUUUCCUAAUUUGGCAACCGGAUUUGGCGAUACUAGUGCAACUGUGCGUGAAAGUACACUCAAGUCUGUUUUGGUCAUUGCACCAAAGCUUUCGGAGCGUAUCAUCAACAAUGAUAUUCUUAGAUAUUUAGCAAAACUUCAAGCAGACGAAGAGCCAGGAAUUAGAACAGUUGAGUACUUGCUAGUUGUUGGGAAUUGUACCCACAAUACCACAAUCUGUCUAGGAAAAAUCAGUAUUUAUAUGAGUGAUUCGAUCAAGAAAAAAAUACUUUCUACUGCAUUUAUUCGUAGUCUUCAUGAUAGAUUUCCCCCAGCUCGAAAAGCUGGUUUGAUGGCGCUUGCAGCUACAAUCGAUUGCUAUGAUCCAUCAGAGAUUGCUCAAAAGAUUAUUCCUAGCAUCUCUCCGCUUAUCCUGGAUCAAGAAAAAGUCAACCGUGUACAGGCAUUAAAGAAUAUGUCUCUUUUUAUAAAAAAGCUUGAAAGUGCAGCCGAAGAAAUGCCUGAAAGUGCGGUUCAAGCUGUACCAAAGGAAGCAGAAACUUUUUCCAACAGCCCUUCUACAGGAGGUGGUGCCAAUGAUGGAUGGGCUGGAUGGGCCAUUUCAGCCAUGUCUUCGCGUAUUGCAACAUCCAUGAGCAUAUAUGAUACUAAGCCUGAUGGAACAUCUGCUUCUUCUAUACUCGAUCCAACAUCUGACGAGAAAAAUGUCAAGACUUUGACCCCAUCUACCACUUUUGCAGCUACAGAUUCAUUCAAGUUUGACACUGAUGCAGGUAAUACAACAGCUGGAGCUUUUGCUAAUCCUCAUUUGGAAAGUGCUUUGGCGGCUGAAACAACAAACGGGUGGGAUGACAGUGGUUGGGAUAUAGACGAGUCAAUGCAGCCUAAAAGUCCAGUUCAAGACCCUACUAAAAUGGUUUCUCCCACAAACGCAGCUUCAAAGGAUUGGGAUUCAUGGUCAGAUAACUGGUCAUCUCAGCCAAUAUCUAUGGGACCUAAACCAGUAUCGUCAUUUUCGAAUACCAACUUGAAAUCUACCACGGCAUCUAGCAAUCGCGAGGAAGAGCGACAAAAACGUCGUGAAGCUCUUUUAGCACAACGCGAGGCUAGAAAAGCCGCAAGACUUGGAACAAAACUCACCGAGUUAUAAUAAACUCUUACACUUGUAUUCACGC